GUUGACUUGUAUAAGGACUGACAGACUGUACUCCGUAGGCGAGUCAUCCUAGGUUAAACGUCUUCAACAUGCAUGCAUAUAGAUAACACCAGCAACUGCUCACGACUGCAAAAAAAACAAUCUCGGUAACAAUUAAGAGCUACGAAUGAUCAAAACUAGGGUACAAAAUUUAGACAAGGCGCUGCCUGGUUGCACUUUCUAGAGCAGGUGUUAAGGAUGACAUGAAUAGCGAGUGGUCAAUUCCCCCUCCUCCGCCAUGUGAUGACGGACGGGCUGACUCUGUCGCCGUAGCCGUGGUUUUAAGUCACUUUCACCAGCAACAAAGCAGCAACAAAGCAGCAUUGACGCACACCGUCCGCCACAGCACCAGAACCACACGGCGCCGUGAACCUAGGACUGCAGCCGAGACCUUACUGUUACCACAAGAUACAAGAUGGAAAUCAGCUGCUGGGAGAGACCGGCACUGGCGAUCGAUCUUUUUUCCUGAUGAAGCUUUAACUUAAUUUUCUUUAUAUCUGUUACUGCUUUGCCAACAUUUGAAAUGCACGUUAAAUGGAGACUUAUGACAAGAGUUGCUGCAGGGUGCCGCAUUGCCUGGGCGCUUCAUGGUAGGAUAGUGUAGCUUAAUUUUUUUCCCAUGGUGAUAGUAAUUUUUAGAUCUUUUUGGGUGGGGAAGGAUGAAUGAACGUCUUCUGUUUUAACGUUUUUUGUGUUAAGGGAUUAACGUCGCCAGAUUCAAUGCUUCCUAUUUCAUCAUUCUCAUUCAGCUACGUCUUUGGACCAUCGAAGCCAUAGACAGGCUGUUUCAAUUUAUGAAAACGACCGGGUGAAUGUACGCAAACUCAUUUCAUCAAGAAAACAGUAAGAUAUCUUCAUUACAGGUAAAGCCAUAACGGCUCAGAUCGAGGAGUGAAUUGGUAUAGCCUACUGGAAAUCACAGUGCGUGGUAGCUUACUCAGGACGGUCUCCGAGUUCGGUUUGAAUUCGACAGAACCACAGAGAGGAGCAUUAGCUUAAUAAGUGACGCAUUUAUAGGUAUCGGUUUAUCUUACCUUUUGUAACCCACAUUUGCUCGCUAUUUCAUACGUGUACGUGUUGGUUUACAGUGCGAGGACAAUGACUCAUUUGCAGGCAGGCCUUUCUCCAGAAACACUGGAAAAAGCCAAGGUGGAGCUAAAGGAGAACCCCGACACUUUACAUCAGGACAUACAGGAGGUUCGGGACAUGAUCAUCACUCGUCCAGACAUUGGCUUUCUCAGGACAGAUGAUGCCUUCAUCCUCCGCUUUCUCAGAGCGCGGAAAUUUAACCAUUUCGAGGCUUUUCGCCUCUUGGCCCAAUAUUUCGAGUAUCGACAGCAAAACCUGGAUAUGUUCAAAAACUUAAAGGCUACCGACCCGGGAAUCAAACAAGCUCUGAAGGAUGGAUUUCCAGGAGUUCUGUCGAACUUGGAUAGAUACGGCAGGAAAAUUCUGGUUCUCUUCGCUGCGAACUGGGAUCAAAGCAGAUACACAUUUGUGGACAUACUUCGAGCUAUUUUGUUGUCACUGGAAGCGAUGAUUGAAGACCCGGAACUGCAAGUCAAUGGAUUUGUGCUGAUCAUCGACUGGAGCAACUUCACAUUUAAGCAGGCUUCCAAACUCACUCCAAGCAUGCUGAGGCUGGCCAUCGAAGGCUUACAGGAUAGCUUUCCAGCCAGGUUCGGAGGGAUUCAUUUUGUUAACCAGCCAUGGUACAUCCAUGCUCUCUACACGGUCAUCCGGCCCUUCCUGAAGGACAAAACAAGAAAAAGGAUCUUCAUGCAUGGGAAUAAUCUGAACAGCCUGCACCAGCUGAUCGUGCCAGAGAUUCUGCCCUCAGAGUUGGGUGGCAUGCUGCCUCCCUACGACAUGGGAACGUGGGCCCGAACACUGCUUGACCACGCCUACGAUGAGGACACUGACUACUGCCCCGAGUCCUACACCCUCUCGGUCAAAGACCUGGAGAAAGAUCUGUCCCCCAAAUCCAUGAAGAGGUCCCAGUCAGUGGUGGAGCCCGGAGUGCUUAAACGGCCAGAAAAAGGGAAAAGCGAGGAGGACAACAUGCAACCGCUGCUUUCGCUGGACUAACAGCUCCGAGCUCCUCGGAGCUUAAAGCCUGGACGCAGGCGAAGAGGGCACAUGUUUCCUUCAACCACAGGGGAAAAUGUACAAAAAAUAAAAAAAUUUCAAGGAAGAAAGAGAUGGAAGAUGUGGCAAGCCCCCUGGAAGUUAAGCGGGGGGGGAGAAGUGGUAUUUUUGGAGCAAAGAGCUCAAAGGAAGAAUUCCAUAUGUAAUUGUUAAGUGCCAAUUUAAGUCUGUAAAUACAUGUCAGAUUUAAGCUUAGAAUGUGGGGAAGGUAAUUGUGACACAAACACAUGUAAAGAUCGCUGUGAAUAUUCUGUACGUGCUUCUUGUAAUGCGUUUGUGAAGAGCGCUGUUGUCAGAUACC